GUCGAGCUCGACACCUCCGGGAGUAAAUGAAGCGCGGCGACCGACGCAUCUAGACGAGCACCGACCUCCGAAGCAGCUUCACGAUGAUCAUCUCGCGUCUGGUGGCUUGUGGACUUAUUCUGACUCUCCUGUCGGUCAGCGCCGAGGCGAAGCCCCUAACGCCGGAGGAGCAGAGGAGCCUGCGGAUGCUGCUGGGAGAGGAGCUGUCCGAGCUGCUGGCGUCCGGAGAGAGCCAGAGGAGCGUGGAGAACAGGGCCCGUCUGCUGAGGGACCUGCGCAUGGACACUCGGGCCAAGGGCCCCUGGGCGAGGAUCAUGAACGAUCAGCCCGGCUCGCGCAGACUCAAAGCGGGAUCUAAGAAGGGAGGAACGACGGCCAGGAGCGGCUGCUUCGGACACAAGAUGGACAGGAUAGGGACCAUGAGCGGCAUGGGCUGCCAGCCGUCUCACUACCCGUCCGUCAACAACCUCUCAUGAGCCAAUCGCGGACGUCGUCGGUUUGGGACAGAACGGACACAGUCGCUCCUCCUCGGAGGAAAAACCUAAAGAAUCGGACUGAUGGUACGAAGCCACUACGGGAACCAUUUGUGGGGGACAGUGAAACGUACAACUGAAAUAAAACGAUUAGAUUUAAUUCAAACAAAAAUAUGUACAAAAUAAAAGAAACCCAUGGCAGACGACGUGGAUAAAAGCUGUAUAUUGUUGCUGCUGCUGCUGUACAUUCAUGUAUUUCAUUCUCGCAUAAAUGUAUUUAUGUUUAAAAACUAUUUAUAUGUUUAUAAAAGAGGUAUUUAUAAAUAUGAGUUUUAUUUAUGUAACAUUUUGAAAUGAAUGCAAACUGCAGGUCAAUUCUGUUUGUAACUAUUUUGUCUCUAAUAGUUGUAAAUGUUUUAAGUCAUUAAAAAUGCACAAAUGCAAAA